AUUCAUUUCCUGAAUACAUCUAUCCUCAAGAUUUUGGGGGUUUUUUCAGAGGAUUAGGGUUUUGAUGGACCCCGAUUACGCUCCUUUUGUCGAUGGAUUGGUAGUAGAAGGCACUGAAAGUGAAGGAGAUGAAAGUGAAACUGAAAGUGGAAGUGGAGCAAGUGAAACCGAAGAGGAAGAAGAAGAAGAAGAGGAGGAAGAGGAAGGUGAGGGAGAACCAGAGGUAGUAGUACCUGCUGUUCCGUCGGAAGUGGUUAAUGUUGAAGAUUCAGAAGAAAAUUGUGGGAAAAAAGAGGGAGAAACAUGUAAGGCGUCAACGAAGGAGAGUCAUGGUGAUUUAGGAAGUGAGAUUGAUGGCGUAUGUUGUGGGAUUUGUAUGGAACCUUGGUCAUCUGAAGGUAAUCAUCAAGUUAGUUGUCUUCCGUGUGGACAUGUAUAUGGUUUAGCUUGCAUAAAGAAAUGGAUUCAACAAAGUAGGAGAGGUCCUUCAAAGUGUCCUCAAUGUGGUAGUAAGUGUACGGUGAAGAAUAUAAUAAAGCUUUAUGUUUCGCGAUUGGUUGUUACUGAUGGAGCGCAAGAACAGAAACUUCACUCUCUUAAGGCUGAAAAUGAUUUUCUUAAGAUGCAGAUAGCUGACUUGAAGGAGAAAAUAAAGCAAGACAAGGAAGCUUGGAACAAAGAGAGAGUGAAGCGGCAACGCGUGGAAAAUACAUCACUGGGAGAUGCGGGUAUUAGAUCAGUGAGGUGCAAUUCGGAGCAGAUGUUAAAUGGACGCAAUCUUGGGUUAAAUCCUGCUACCGGACAAGGUUAUCCCCCUUGCAGAUUUAAAUUAAUGGAUGAGUUAGCAGUAGAUGGUGGAAAGGUAUUCGAUAUGGAUUUCUCUCAUGAUAUCCUACUUCUAGCGCAAAGACAACAUGCAAUGGAUGUAGAGCAUGUGCUUACCAAGAUUAGCUUGUUGCAUCCCUAUGAAAGUGAGAGGAUAAAACUUCCUCCUGGCUCAAAAGCUGUUAAGGACUUGCAUAUUUCCCCUUCUGGUAAACUUGCACUCUGUGCUUCAUUGGGGAAGAAAGCAUCUAUUCUCAGCAUGGAAAGGAACAAUUUUGUUAUCAAAUAUGAAUUGCCAGCUCCCGCUUGGUCUUGUUCAUGGGAUCUUGACAGUGAACACCACAUGUACACUGGACUGCAGAAUGGAAUGUUAUUGUUGUUUGACAUGCGCCAAACAUCGGGACCUGUGGAGUCCAUGAACGGUCUCACCUCUCACCCUAUUCAUACGAUACAUUCUCUUCCAGACAACUCCCCUCUUCAUAAUGGUGGCAGAUCAGUCCUAACUGCUUCUUCUAUUGGCCCUUGUGUGUGGAAAACUGGUAUUCCUGGAGAAAGGCCAAUCGUGGUUCCUGGAUUGGAAAAUCAAGGAGUAUGUAUAUCGCUUGCUUAUAGUCCCAUUACUGAUGAUAUUGUGGCUUCAUUUCGUCCUAGAGUUCACACAGCAAAUGAUGUGGUUGCUACUCAGACUUCAUUAUCACCUUCAGCUGCUGGCCGCGGACAAGGAGUAACUGGUUCUCAUGUUCUUGUCAAAAGAGUAGGUGGCAACAGUUAUCACCACAUAGGGUCUACAUUGACGUGUGUAAAUAGUGUUCGACUGCCAAAAUCGGUUAUUUUGAAUUUGGAGAAUCGCAACCCGUUGUUUGCAUAUGGAGAUGAAUCAACUAGUGGAUUAUGCUUGCGGGAGUUGCCAUCAUUAUUUACUUCCCAGAGUCUUAACCGAAAUCAGAAUGCUAUUCUUGACGUGAAGUACUCGGGUACUUCAGAGAGAGGAUUACUUGGUUGUGUAAGUGAAGACAAGCUGCAACUCUUUUAUUUGCCUCGAGGCCCUAACUUCGGUUAAAAAAUUUCUUAAAAGGUUCUGAUUUGGUGGAAGAUGAUUGCCUCUGAACAAGCCCGUAUUUCUUGAUAACUGGAUUAUAAUAUCGGAGCAGUCCCCUUUAAGUUUAUUCGAAUGUUAACUUGAUUAGAUUCAUAGUUUGUAAAUUAAUAUAUGUCAGAAAAUUAUUGUGCUUAGACGAAUAAAAGCAGGAUGGAAUUUCCUUCCGA